AUGGGCUCAAAUGUGAACCCGUUUUCUCCAUUAAACUUCCUUGCGCUGUUAAUGGUGAUAAACUCGGCUUUUAUUGUGUCUGGGACUGCUGACUUUCAUUUGAAAAACCCAAACAAAGCUUCAAAGUCGCCAUUACUUUAUCAAGUCACGAUUGGCAAAGUCGCGACACAUGAUAACUAA